CAAAGGGGGGCAGGGGGGAGGCCCGGAGGCUGCGGGGAGAUGCGGAGGCUGCGGGGAGAUGCGGCCUGAAGCCCCGCGGUGCCUCCGACUGCCGGGGGAGCAGAUCUGGCCACUGAAAGGAGCGAAGGGGAGCCGGCACCAUGGGCCGACUGCUGCGGGCCUCUCUCCUCUUAGCCUGGGGGGCCCUGGGUGUGUGCCUGGUUGAGUCGGAGGAGCCCAGCCCCGAGGGGCUCUCCUCCACUUCCCUGCUGGAACUUCUGCUACCCCCGCACUUGGAGCUGCUGGACUCUGGCGAGCCAGGUGAGGCCUUUGGCCUGGGGGCCGAGUUGGAAGUCCCAGGCUCCGGUUUUGCCGGCGAGGAGGAGGAGAACGAGGAGUCAAGGAUCCUGCAACCCCCACAGUACUUCUGGGAAGAUGGAGGAGAGCUCAACGAUUCCAGCCUGGACCUGGUCCCCGCUGCAGACUACAGCUUUCCGGUCUCCACGCCGAAGAUGGCACCAAAGGGAGACAAGAGCCAGGCCCCAGAGCCCGAGAGGCCCCCCAUGGCCCUGCCAACAGGGAAUCUGGUUGAGCCCGCCUGGCGCAGUCCUCCUGAAGAAGAUGAUGAGGAGGGCCUGCUCCCUGUGACUGAGUUUGGGGAAGUUCCCCAGACUGUGUCUCGUGGGGGCCCCUCCAGCACCACCACCCCUACCCCCCCCGCCACCAUCAUCACCACCACCACCACCACCAGUAGCCUAGCUGGCUCAGUCCCCAGGGCGCCCGGGGAGGGACGGGAAGCGCCUGCAGAUCAGGCCGCAUCAGGCUUGGAAGUGGGGAGUAACGUGGAGCCACGUCUGCUGCCGUUUUCAGCUGCCCCACCCACUGUGGCAUUGGGGACCCGGGGCCUCGGGGAGGGGGAGGAGGCUGGGGCUGAAGGCAUGGAACCAGUCCCAGGUGUUCCGGAGGAGGCAGAGAGCCCAAAGGGAGGAGUCACAGAGAUCCCAAAAAGAUUGGAGGCCACCGGAAGCGGGGGCGUUGGGUCCAGGGGGGAAGCAGAUGGAGCCAUCAAUUCCAUCUGGACAGCUAUUGAGCAAGGGGAGGUUCCUGCAGUUUCACCCUCACAGAGGGAAUUCUCUCUAGAGACUAAGCCUUCACGUGAUGAUCCCUCCAUACCCAAUACCUCAGCAUCCCCUCGCCUGGCCCCCAGUGGCAUGGAAAGCAUCCCUCCUGCUGCCACCACUGAGCAGGACUUUGCCCUGCAGCCUGGGGAAGGGCAGGUGGCUGGGGAACCCACCGGAACUCCCUGGGACUCAGCUCAGGUGACCUGCAAAGACUGGAACCACCUGGCUGGGAAGAACUACAUCAUCCUGAACAUGACAGAGAACGUGGACUGUGAGGUGUUCCGGCAGCAGAGGGGUUCUCAGCUCCUGGCCCUGGUGGAGGAGGUGCUGCCUCGGCAGGCCGAUGGGCGCCCAGGGGACUGGCACAUCUCGCUGAGCAAACCCAAUGAGAAUGAGCAGCACCUGCUGAUGACGCUGGUGGGCGAACAGGGGGUGGUCCCAACCAAUGAAGUGCUCUCAGUUCUGGGGGACAUCCGAAGGAGUUUAGCGGAGAUUGGGAUCCAGAACUACUCCUCCACCACCAGCUGCCAGUCCCGGCCCAGCCAAGCCCAGAGCGACUACGGGAAACUGUUUGUUGUGCUGGUCGUCAUCGGGUCCAUCUGUGUCAUCAUCAUCGUCCUGGGGCUCAUCUAUAACUGCUGGCAGCGCCGCAUACCCAAACUCAAGAACAUGUCACAUGGAGAAGAACUACGAUUUGUGGAGAAUGGUUGCCACGACAACCCAACGCUGGAUGUCGCAAGCGACAGCCAAUCGGAGAUGCAGGAGAAGCAGCCGAGCUUGAAUGGGGGUGGCCCUGUCAAUGGGCCAGCUGGCUGGAAUGCACUGUUGAGCAGCAAGAGGGACCAUGAGGACUCGGAUGUAUUUGAGGAGGACACACAUCUGUGAAAGACUUGUCUGGGUUCCCUCCCCCAACCCUCCUCCCAACCCCAACGCACCCCUUUUCUCUCCGCCAAGGAUUGUAGAACCGGGGCAGAGUCUCAGGAACAUUGGAGAAGGGCUGGGACCAAUUGGAUUCACUCUGCAAAGCACUGGUGUGGCUAAAGGGAAACAGGAGAGAGAGAGAAUGAAUGAGGGAUGAAACUCAAGAUGUGGAUGACAAAACAUGUGCUUGCUCUACAAGCCCCAUAAGCUACAGCCCCGAUUUUACAUUAUGAACUGGUCAGUAUUUCUCAGCUGAAACUCUAACACUAGAUCAUAGCUCUUUUGUGAUCUCCAAAUCCACUCCCCCGGUACCUUUCCUACUUACAAUCCUGACACUCUCCCCUCCCGCCCCCCAACACGCCCUGCCCUUCUGACAGAACUGAUAGCCUGCUUCUUUUCAUGUUGGCAAGGUCCUUGCAAGCAGCCAAGAGCCCAGAAGUCAGUGUCCUGUUGGUAAGAGCCGGGUCUGUGCGAUAGGCCAGAGACCCACAAAAGAACUCCAUUCUGCCUGGCUCUGUUCUCUAAGACAGGAAACUCACCAGUUUCUGAUCUUUGGUACCACCGGUCCUUGGGGCUGGGCAUCUUGGGCGCCACAAGGGCCAGAGAACUGCAGAUCCCGCUGACACUCCCACCCUUCCCAGAAACCCCCAUGAACCCAUUCCACUCCCAUCUGGUCUUGGCCGGAGCACAAAGCGCCAAAAUCCGGGCUCUGUGGAAAAGAUUCAGUGAUUCUAAAGUGAGCCUAGUACAGCUAAGUACUAUAUCCGCCCCGCUGGCUACGCAUCCCUCGAUAUUUUGAAAAAACAGCGUUGUCGCCUGUCUGACUUUGUUCCAGUCGAACAAGGGCCUAAACGCCGCCCCUGAUCAGCGGAGAUUCCUGCUUCCCUUGGAUGAUUGGAGGUUGAGGCCCAUGGCUCUUCUCAACCCCCUUUCCCUUCACUCUGCCUCACCUUUCUCUCUACAGACUGCCCCCCCACCCCGGUUUUGGCCAGCUGGAGGCUCGGAUAACCACACGUAGGUAUGGACCCAGGAAUUCUGCCCCUGUCCCAGCUACCCCCACUGGUUUGGAUUGGAGAAAUGCAUUGACUUCUUGUGCUGCUGUUGCUGUGCAGUUAGUAUUCAGCUCCUGCACCCCUUCCAGAAGGGGCUGCAUCGUGCUAAACCCUCCACAGGCUUGAGGCAGCGCCUGUGCAUUCGGGCCCCUGGGAAGCCGAAGCUGCUCUUAUUUAUUCACCAUGCGGAGGGCACCCGUGUCCCCCUCCUCAUCAGUGUGUGUUAACCCCUGUGUUUCACCUGGUAACCGUAAGACUCAUUAAACUGGCUGUGGAUCGGAGAAACCACUGACCACCCCAU